AUGACGCGCGCGCGCGCGACGAGCGAGAUCACGUGCGGCGACGCGCGACGAGGGUGCGGCGCGCUGCUCAGCUACCCCACCGGAUCGCCGCUCGUGCGGUGCGCGCUGUGCGAUCACGUGACGCGAACGCCGGCGGCGACGGAUCCGACGCGGCGACGCGCGGUGGCAUUCGAUUUCGAUUUCGACGACGCGGGCGCGCGCGACCGCGAGGCGCAGGCGCGGUGCGUGGGAUGCGACGUCGUCAUGCGAUUUCCCGCGGACGCGACGCACGUGCGGUGCGCGAUGUGCGACGCGGUGAACGUGAACGCGCGAACGGGGACGAGGGCGCCGCGCGCGAGCGGGACGCGAGCGUCGUCGGCGCUCGCCGCGCGCGACGCGGCGCGGGAGCGCGCGACGCGGAACGCCGACGACGCUUGGGCGCGAGGGACGGCGUACGUGCGGUGCGAGGGGUGUCGGGUGACGCUGGCGUAUCCGGGAGGGUCGGCGUCGGUGCGGUGCUCGGCGUGCGGCGCGGUGACGCGGUGCGCGGAACGCGCGACGCCAAGCACGACGGGGGAGGGGAGUUCGGUGAAGAGCGCGCGGGGAGGAGACCACGCGACGUUGACGAGCGACAAUUUAGUCGUCGUGGAGAAUCCGCCGACGGUGAGUGAGAGUGGGAAAAUCGUGUCGAACAUCGCCGUCGGCGUGCGGUUGGGGAGCGACGGCGGGGAAUCGCGGCGCGGCGAGUAG